AAUAUAUGCUUUAAAGCCGAGCUGUAAAACAAACAAGAUUGCAUUGCUUUAUUUUUCUUUGAGACUCUGGCUCAAAGCAGUAACCUAUUCAGUAUCUAUACUUAACACAUAAAUACCCAUACCGUCUGGUUUGUGCAAACAUGAACACCAUGAAGCCGGCGCUAUACAAGUUUGAUAUAUUUAAAAUAGAAGAUGGCCAAAAUGGAGAUCAGCAAACUUGGGACCACUCUUGGGGUUGGUUAGACGCGAGCUCUAAAAGUAAAUAUUCGAGUGAUAACGUUAAAAGCGACUCCUAUGGUGAUGCGGACAGUGGGCUCUCGAUCCUAACUGGCGAACGUCAUAAUUCUGAGAGGCCGAACAAGCUGCCCCUUGGAUGGGAAGAGCGAAUUGCUCACAGUACCAAGGAGUGCUACUUCUACGACACAAUUACCAGGAAGGUAUAUUUCAGACUGCCUCCAAGCCCCUACCGAGAAAAGAAUAGGAAUGCCUGGGGCGCCGUUCUUGGGGACUACCCUGAGUUCAAUGACAAAUGCACGCUCCGCUGCAGACACAUCCUGGUGAAGCACAACGAAUCGGACAGGUGUAGUUCACAUCGUGAACGGGUGGUAAGGAGAACGAGGCAGGAAGCGCUAAAUAUGAUAAUGCAUGCGAGGGAUCUAAUUCAAUCAGGCAAAUGUGAGUUUGCUGAAUUGGCAAAAAUGAUCUCCGACUGCUGCUCCGCCCGGCAUGGCGGUGACUUGGGCCCCUUGAGCCUUACACAAACGUCUUUCGUCUUUGAGAGAAACAUUUUGUUGCUGAAUGAUGGCGAACUAUCUGAGAUUUUUCAGACGAACGCAGGUUAUCACAUCUUGUUGCGCACCCCGAUUAAUUUCGAUAAUUACAGGACACAGAUGUCCAGAAGUCUUACAAAAAUAGUUAUUGCCAACGAAAAAGCGAAGUCUAAAGCCCACCUAAAGAAAAGCAAAUAUUUUUACAAUUUGACCAAAAAACAAAAAGCCGUCCUAUGCAAAAAACGGCAAACAGCAGAUUUCGAAAGUAUGUCUAGUUGUCCGGAUAGUGUGUUUUUUAAAACUUCUCGUUCCUCAACUUGUGUGUCUGAGCCACCGGAAGAGCAACUUAAUAUAAGAAAUCGAAUAGUUCACUCUCAAUUGGAUGGAACCACGCGUCUAGACCAAUAUGUAAAGCUUAUAGAAUCGAAAGAUAUAGGAAAGAAUGUAAUCAAACUUCAAAACGUUCAUAUUAAAAAAGGAAAGGGAAAAAAUUAAAAACAGAAAAUCUGGGAGAGCCGAACAUUGCGCAAAUACACACAUCAAAUUAUAUUAAGGGAAAAAAGUUCUGAUUAAAACCUGCGCUAAAGCAGAAAUAAUAAAUAAUAAGAACGGAAAUUUUAA